AAAGAACAUAACAAGUAAAACAAAUGUUGUCUUAGUCAUUGAAGGUUUUAUUUUUUCUCUUUACAAUAUUGUAUGGAUUAGUAAUAAAUAAAACGUUAAAAAUAUAGUUUUUAAGGAAUUGCUUUUGUAAGACAUUGGUCGCCUGGUUACUAGAUCGAUACAUGUAAGACAUAUAUGUAAAAUGGAAGACAUCAUAGAAGAGACGCCGAUAGAAACAUAUAAACAUGUGCCUGAUAAACUGGAUAUAUAUGGCUGUAUAGAAGACAUGGCGAAAUAUCCGGAGAGGGCAAAAACUAGACUUCAGACAGUUGAAGAAAUCUUAAAAGAUCUAAAAGACCAUGACGGACUGCCUUAUCUUACUAAAGAUGUUGAGGAAAACAGAAAGGGGGAGACUGUGCUACAUACAGCCAUAAAGAUUUUCCAGUUUAAAAGUCAAGAAGAAAAGGAUGUAACACAAUCACUUAUUUCAGUAUAUCCAAAACUAAUUCUGUCUGACCGGGAAAGUACGGAAUAUGCCGGCCAAACCCCAUUUCAUAUGGCUGUAUGCAAAGGCAACAUAUGGCUUGUCAACACAUUGUUAAAACAACUCUGCAAAAAAGACACAAAGCACUGGAAAUCCACACUGCUGAAAAGAAAAGCCACAGGCAAAAUAUUUACGAACACUGUGAUGAUGGGAGAAGUCCCCCUGACUAUAGCAGCUUUGACAUUCAAUAGAGGAAUGUUCGACUUAUUACUGAAUGAAGGGGCUGAUCUCGACGGAACGAAUUCGUUAGGUGACAACGUUUGCCAUUCUCUGAUAAGAUACGGUUAUUUAUACCCAGAAAAAUUAAAUGACGUAUUAGAAAUGUGCCGAAAGAUAAACGAGGACCCUGCGCCGUAUGAUACUAGUGCACGAGCGAUAAAAAACAGAAAACUUCGGAAGAAGAUUUGGUUAAUGGAGAAUCUACAAGGCUUGAACCCGUUACAACUAGCAGUGACACUUGGACAACAUCAGGUGUUUUCUUUUAUUAUGGACCAAGAGGCCUACUGUUUUGAGAAUUCGAAAGAUGGACUGUUUGACAUCAAAAUAUAUGACAUUACGGAAAUUGACGCUAUAUCUUCAAUGAAAUCUAGAGACAUUGGCGGAGUAAAUGAGAGUAUGCAAAACAGAUGUCAACCGGAGAAUGUUCCCCGAAGACAGGCUACGUAUCAAAGUGAACCUUUUCGAAAGUCUGUCCUUAUGAUGCUUUUCGAUCUGGAGCCGUCUGUCGCUUUUCAGUUCAUUUUGUUUCCUCCAUUAAUGAGGGUCGUCAACCAGAAGUGGAAUGCAUACAGAAAAUAUUUCUACCCUUGGUGGAUAUUUCAUACGAUAUUUAUGUUUUUUCAUACAUGGUAUUGUGUUGAGAGAUCGAGACAAAACCAUAAUUCCCAAGGGCUUUUCAGUGUCAGCAGUCCACCCGUCUUUACAAAGAAAUUACCAUAUGAUCCAUUUGUUACUACAUAUGGCACUAUAUGCAUAAUAGUUUCAGUAGUAUACCUUGCUCAGGAGGUGUUGCGUAUGACCAAAAAAAGAAUGCCGUGGACUCUGAACUCAUUCUUGAAUCCUUACAGCAGUGGCUGGUUUCGUGUUAUGUUUGUUUUAUUCGGACUUUGCCUCAUUAUUGACUUUAUCCUUGCCAUUGUCCUUGUUUACUACGAGAACUAUCUACUAAUAGUAGCUAUGGUACUCGGAUGGUUUUUGGAAAUAUUUUUCAUAAGAGCCAUCAAACCGUUCAGUUUCUUCACGGUUAUGAUACAAAAAGUCCUCAUUAUAGACAUGUCACGUUUCUUUGUCAUAAUCGGUAUCGAAAUACUUGCUUUCGCUACCGCUAUGUAUAUGGCGAUUCAAGGGUCGAGUGUUGCGGAAUCCACGGAUUAUCGGGACAUUUGGCGGACAAUAUUCUCUAUGUUUAGCUUGAUGGUAGGUGUCGGAGACUUGGUCGCAAUCUAUGAUACUCGUCAUCCAACGUUGUGUAUCAUCAUACUGGUGGGCUUUAUCGUUAUGACCACUUUGCUAAUGCUGAAUGCACUUAUAGCAAUGAUGUCUCGCACGUGUAUGGAAUUGGUAGAAAAUGUUGGAAAUGUAAGAACAAGAGAGCGACAUUGGAAGCUUCAAAAGUUAUCUGUGAUUCUUUUCUUUGAAAGUAUUCUUCCCGGUAGAUUUGUAUUCAAAGCGGGUGAAUGUCAGGAAGUUAGUCGAUAUAAUAACACUAUGCACCGAAGAAGAAAAAUGAAAAGAUACAUGCUUGAAGUGCGAUCCUUACAGAAUGAGGACGGAGAUGGCUGUGAAGAAGGAACGAUUUCUACAAGCUGGGGAUUCAGGACUGCUGUAUUUAAUGCUCUCAAAAACAACAAGCGAGGCUCAACAGACAGGCCUCUUUCUGGUAUCAGUGAUAAAAUUCGACACGCAUUUAGGAAAAUGAGCAAAAAGAAAGCAAAGAAAAAAGAUGCUGAUGAUGACAAGCAAGAUCAUAUUCUAGAACCGUCAGAACAAAGACCGGUACAAAUUCAGCCGCCUGUAUCACAUGUUUUUGGCUUGAAUCCAAUGGCUGCGGAUAACGGAUUUCCAAAUGGUGGCUUUGCUGCGAGAAAUCCAAGACAAGCUGAGAUUGACAUAUACCAUGUUAAUCUUUGUAGACAAUGCUCUGUCAGCGAUGUCACUCGUGACUGUGAUCAUCAAAUCCGUUAAGGAUAUUUUGCAUUAUAUAUAAUACUGGUCACCUAUCUCUAAUAAAUAUGUAUCUUGUUAUUAUAAUAUGAGAAUACAGUGUAUAAUAUUUUCAAUAUGCUUCACACCUAACCUUUCGAGUCGUCUGCUACCGACGCUUUACAUAUUUCAACGUUUUGUGUAUUCAUUACCUAUAUUAACAUCUAUUUCUCUACAUAGACGCAUACCCAAGUAAUUUUUCACCAUUUUUUGUUCAUAAAGGGCAAAAGAUUUUUCACUAUGCCACACAAAAGUGUUGAAACUUUAGAUAAAAAUCUUUGGUUAUUAGGAAAGACAUUUACUGGCAUUUAUAUCACUAUGAUAGUCGAAUAUUGUUUAUUUGUUUAUCCAUACUUUCACAUGUAAAUGCAGCCUACAUGUAUGUUACAACAUUGCAAUAAAGGGAUCGGUUAUUAUGUUUUAUAAGGUUAAAAUUAUAAGAAUGUUGAUUGAUUGACCUAUACAUUUAUAUAUUUAUUUUGUGGAUUCUUGCUUGCCUGAUUGUGAGUUUACCUGAUUUUGUGCUUGUGUGCUUGCUUGAUUGCUUGAUUGAUUGAUUGAUUGAUUUAACUUUAUAUGACUUCUUUUAGAUAGAAAUUCUUUAAAACAGUUGCUUGCUUGCUUGCUUGAUUAAUUGAUUGAUUGGUUAUCUUUUAUAUCACUUCUUUUAGAUAGAAGUCUUUUAAACAUUUGAUAUAUUGUUUAGUUGAGUGAAUUAAACAUAAACUAUGCUCAUCUUAGAGAUAAUAUUUUUUAUCCCAGACAUUAAUUGAAAUCUAUUAAUUUCUUUCUGAAUAUGUCUAAUUUUAAUAAAAGAAUGUACAAACUGUGUGUGGGAAGCUGCACAUCCUAUUACAGAUCAAGUAAAGUUGGUCCUUUCUUGAAAAAAAACUGCCAGUUUUUUUUAAUGACAUUAUAUA